AUAAUGCAGUUAGAACAUUCAAAAUGAAUAUGACUUCUACAUUCUUUAUUUAUCCUUUGGUAUUCAGCAAAUAUCACAGUGAAGCUGUGUGCAUUUCCAUUGUUUAUAUUUAUCUGUGAGCACUGAACUGAUAUGGUAAAGAAACUCAUUUCGUAAUUUGUGCAUGAUGACUUAUGAUAUGAUAAUGUAAAAACAACCAGAAAAAGUUAACACAAUGUGUAAAGCCUUUUAAAAGCCUAACGCCCUAAAAAUAGUUAUAUUCAUCUGAGUGUCAUACUACAUGUACACUAGUAAUGCUGUUUCCUUUGCAGGUGUGAGUCCACAGCUGCUGGAUGGAGAUUCUGUACUGUUUAGGGGAAUUUCCCAGUGGUCCCCAGUUGUGAAAGCCAGGAGCUUUGCUUGUGCCCGCUGUCACAAUGCUUAUACUCGCCGAGACAACCUGAUGCGUCACAUCCGAUUUGAAUGCGGUGUAGAACCACAGUUUGAAUGUCCCAUAUGCUACAAAAAAAUGAAGCACAAAUUUUCAAUGAUUAAACACAUGAAAAACCAUAACAGGAUUAGAAAUUUACAGCAAGUAAAUUAUUUGUGUGAAUCCACAGUUGCUGGAAGGAGACUCUGUAUUGUUUCAAGGAAUUUCUCAAUGGUAUCCAGAUGUAAAAGCCAGAAGUUUUACUUGUGCUCGUUGUCACAAUGCCUACACCCGCCGACACAACCUGAUGCGUCACAUUCGAUUUGAAUGUGGUGUAGAACCACAAUUUGAGUGUCCUGUAUGCCACAUAAAAAUGAAACACAAAUUUUCUUUGAUUAAACACAUGAAAAAGCAUAACAGGAUUGACAAUUUACAGCAAGUAAAUUUUUUGUAAGAGAUGACUCAGUUUUUUUGUAAUAUAUUAUGCUAUUGUAUAUUUUACUGGCUAUUUACCAAUAAACUGUAAUUAAAAAUGAUACAGUUAUUUAAUUUAAAUAACAAAACCACCUCUGGUUCAGGUGGUGCCUACUUAUCUCAACUAACACAAAACUCAUGAGAGCUGUUAGCUGUAAUGAUGGUGUAUUGAGGAAAGUUUGCA